AUGAGCAAUAGCAAAGAAACGAUGACAAAAAAGCAACAAGAUGACCUUGCUUCAACUUUUAAUAAUCUCCCUUGGGGUUCUCCAUUGGGUUUCUCAUCGAUGUCGUCAUUUGGCGCAUUCCCACCAUUUGGUUUACCUACACCAAACUUUUCAUCGUUGAACAGUUUUACCUCGUCCGCUGCAACUGGUUUUCCUUCACCAUCUCCAUUACUACCAAAUAAUCCUAUGAUUUCACCAGCAACUGAUCUUUGGUCAAAUGGUUUAUCAACGACGAACAUGAAUGUUGAUUAUAAUGAAUAUGCUAAACAGUUAGGUUUUCUUAUGAAUGCAUUUAGCAAACAACCAGAAAUAGAAAAAUCGAAAACUACUCAAAAAGUAAAAUCUUCAAAAUCAAAAUCAAUAAAUCCUAUUAGUAACUCUUCACAAGUAUUAUCAACUGAUACUAAUCAUGAUAAAAAAUCGACAUCAAAAACAAUCGAUGAAUCUCACACUCGUCCUACAUCUACAUCUUCAUCAUCAACAUCAUCUCGUCGUUCAUCAUCGAAUAAUUUAAAUAAAUCAUCACGUUCUUCAAAACCAAAACCAAAUACAAAUUCAUUAUCAACAUCAUCAUCAGCAAAAAUAUCUUCUACUAACAAUAAUAAUAAUAAUAAUAAUAAUAAUACUUCAGCUAUGCUUGAUCCACUAGCGUUUGCAGCUGCAAACGUUGGUGCUACUGGUGGUUAUACGUUUCCUUAUUUUCUCCCAUCUUUACUUUCACAAACAGCAUCAACAAAUUCAUCUUCUACAGCAGCAGGAACGAAUAAUAAUUCGUCAUUAAAUUCUACAACGUCUUAUCCAUUUUCAAGUUUAUCAUCUUCAUUAAUGAAUCCAGCUACUACAUUCUAUCCAUUUUUAUCACCUGAUUGGUUUACAUCCCCGACAAAAUUUAUGGAUACAUUUAAUAAUUUACCUUCUGAUAAAACCACAGAUUCCAAAGAAUCAAUUUCACAUCAAACAUCUAAAUCAAAACAAUCACAAAAAAAUGUAUCAUCUGAAAAUAAACAUUCAUCAUCACUCAAUCCUAUACUUAACGAAUCAAGUUCAAAAUCGAAAAAACGAGCUAAAUCAAUUCGAGCAUUAACUGAAGAACAGGAGCUAAAUCAAGAAAAAUCUUCGUCAAAAAAUCAAUCACAAAAGAUUUUAUCAACAAAUCUAAGUCUUCUUCAUUCAGCAUUAAUGAAAUCAUCACAUGAUGUUCUUGCAUCAUCUUCAAUCGCAUCAUUUUCAUCAUCGAUUGAUCCAACCUUUAAACCGAUCCUCUUUGAAAAUUCAUUUUAUAAACAACCAUCACAUGAUUUAUGGGCAUUUAAACCUAUGAAAGAGACAACAGUUGAUGAUAGUGAUCCAUCGAAUACAAAUGAUCUACGUGAUAGCUUAUUAAAUUUAAGUCGUCGAAGUAGUAUUAACGAGACAGCAUCGAAUCGUCAAACACCAAAUACACAAUCUGCAGAUGAGUCACGAUCAAAUGAUGAUGACGAUUCUGAUCCGAAUCCAAAACGACGAAAGGGUGAGGAAGUCAAUGAAACACUAGUACGAAUACCAUUAAAUCGCGGAUGGAAACGUGUAACUAUUGUUCGAGCUAUAACGCGCACCGGUGUACGUGGUGAUGUCUCGUAUUACGCACCAUGUGGAAGAAAAUUACGUUCAUUUCAAGAAAUCGAUCGAUAUUUAACAAAGAAGAAGAUCACUGAUUUAGAUCGUUCACAUUUUACAUUUAGUUCAAAAGUACAUAUUGGCCAUUUUCAUGAACCAAAAGAAGGUUCAGAUGGAAAAAUAAUCUUUAAUGAAUCAACAGAAGAUGAAAUAGUCAAUCGUAUAGUAGAAAUAAAUCCUAAAUUUCGUCGUAUUCGAUAUGAAUAUGAAAAUGAAACACCAACAAAAAGUUCCACCAUUUCAAGUCCAUCAGUCACACCAAGUCAUAACAAUGGUAUAAAUGAUCAUCAUCAACCACACGAUUUAUUUCAACAGAUAUAUGAAGAAAAUCGAAAACUUCGUUUAGAACAAGAAGAGAUCGCUAAACGAGCAGCUGAAAUUAAAACAAAUCGCGAAGCAAUGCGUCUGUUACGUAAUAUAAGUGGUGAAAGUUCAAAAAAUUCUGAUCGUUUACCAAAUCCGUCAUAUCCACAUAAUGAUUUUCUUAAAGCUAUUAUGGAACAACAGAAAUUAAUUCAGCAACAAGAACUUGAACAUCAACAAAAAUUACAACAGGAACAACAAGAACAAGAACGUAAACGACAAGAACUAGCUUAUUUAAAACAGCUUGAAUUUAAAAAACGUCAAGAAGAAAAACUCUUCGUCAUUGAACAACGUAAAGCAGAAAAGAAUGCUCAACGUGAAAAGAAAAUUCAAGAGAAAUACAUGGAAAUAGUACUUGCAAGAGAAAUGAAAAGAAUUACUGAAGAUAUGCAAAUACGAGAUCUUAAACCGCUUCCAAUCUUAAAACCAGUGGAAAAUAUGCGUUUAUCCAUUGAAGCAUUUGCUAAUUCAUUAAUGAUAAUUCAAUUCUUAAAUAACUUCAAAGAUGUUUUUCAUAUUCCUGAUAAUUUAAUUCUAACAUUAAAUAGCUUUCAACAAUCAUCAUCGUCAUCAUCACGAGAAAUCAACUCUCUGUGUCAAAUGUUACUUAGUAUUGCAUUGGAAGAUCCUGGUAUUCCAAAUCCCAAAAAAGGUUUAACUAAUCUUGGACAAAAAUUAUCUGAAAUCGAUAUAACUGAACAUACAUUCAGUGAAAUUCUUCGUUUAUAUAUUCGAGAACGAAAUGGAUUUGAUGAUAAAAUCACACAAAAUUUGUCAGAUACAUCAUUUCAAUCGUUAUCAAUUGAUGAAAAACUGGAAAUAUUAGCAUUUUUAUGUAAUGAUUUAUCAGCAAAUAAACGUACAGUAGAAGAGGUCGAUCGUAAUCUAGAUGAAUUAACUGUAUUAAAACAUGAAAAAUUAGAAAUAGAAAAAAGAUUACGCCGUUUAAAAUUUGAAAAAUCCAAUCAACCAAAUAGUAAUAAUGUUAAAAAAUUGGCAACAUUAAUACGAGAAAAAGAUUUGAACAGUUCAGAUAAUGAAAGUCCAGACGAAAGUGAUACUGAAAUUACAAAAAUUGAGGAUGAAAGAACGGUAGCCAAUGAUCCAGCAGCAGUCACCGCUGAUGAUGAAGAUAUUGAAACUAUCGAUGAAUCAAAAAUCGAUGAUUUAGAUAAACGUUUAACACUUAUUACACGAAAAUAUGCUCUUAUUAAACGUCGUGUUAUUGAUAAACAUAGUCGUACACGCGCGCUUCAUCUUGGACAAGAUCGUUAUCGUCGCCGUUAUUGGUAUUUUUCAUAUUUACCAGGCAUUUAUAUUGAAGGUCUUACAUCAGGCGAUAUAUCGCCAAACGAUAUAAAAAAUACCGUAGUACAUGCAGCAAAACAAAAACUUGAUAAAACUGGUGAAUCGAGCACACCAUCUCGUUCAACACAACGUAAAAAACAACAAACAAAAACAACAAAUCCAACACCGUCGUCACCGCCAUCAGUAAUUAAUUCUACUGAACAAUUAAUAUCCGAUGAAUCGAAUAAAAUUAAAAAUGACACUAUUGACAAUGACGAAGAACAACAGCAACAAGAGCCAGAACCAGAGCCAGAGCAAAUCAAUGCUUCAAAUAAUGAAACAGAAGAUCUUGCAACGAUGGAUUUAACUGCAUUUUGUCUAGCUGCUAAUAGAGAAAAUAAUGCUGAAACACCUCUGGCUAAUGAAAAUGAAAAUGAUAACCAAUCUAUGAUAACUAAAGCUGAACCGAGUGAAGAUUUAAAUAAUAAUGAUAAUAAUAAUAAACGUGAUUUAGAUGAAAUGAAUAAUGAUGAUGGCGAUGAUCUUCCACUUGAUCUUUCAUGUUCUAAAGUCAAACGUUCAUGUGAAGAAGAUUAUUGGUCAUCUCAACAUACUCAAGCUGCAUAUCCAUUAUUAUCAAGUAUAAAUAGAUAUGAUAAAUUUCAAGAACUCGAUAAUCUUGCUACAACUGCUAUUUUGUUAAAUAAUAUUAAACAGGAAAAAAUAGUACCAACAAAUAUUCUUAAUCUAACAAAUUCAAAUUCUACGAUAACAUCUUGUAAUUUAUCGACAUCAAUUAAACAAGAAUUACCGACGAAUAAUUUUAAACACGUCGAGCAAAGUAUUCGAGAGAAAUUUCAAUAUUCACAACCAUUACCUAUUCCGGAUGAUGUCCAAUCUGGUUGGUGGCAUAUUCAAACUGCUGAUGAACUACGUAAUCUAAUUAAAUGUUUAAGUAAACGUGGUCAACGUGAACGGUAUCUUUGUCGAAUGCUUCAACGUUAUUUUGAUUUAAUAACAAAUUCUAUGAAACCACUUUUACAAUCGAAUGGAACAACUGAAACUUCAUCGUCAUCGACCGAAAAUAAGAUUGAAACUGAUAACGACGAACAACAACAACAAUCAUCAUCAAAUGAUUUAAUCGAACCGAAUGAUUCAAAUUCUGAUGAUACACAUGAAAUGGAUGUGUUGAAUGAAAUCUAUAAUUUAUUAGAUCGUAUUAUUGCAUCAAGUCUUCAUUGUCGUUCUUUGGAUACAAAUAUUUCUCGUAAACGUUUAACACACUUGGAUAUUCAAGCUAAAGGUUCAGAUAUUCUUGAUGAAGCAAAACAUUUACUAACUGAAAUCGAACGUAACAUUGAACGACGCUAUUUGAAACAUCCGUUUGUUCGUAGAUAUGAAAUAAAUUUAUCACCAUUAAAUCGUAUAAAUCAAAAUAGUACCUAUCAUCAUACAUCAGAAGAUUCGACCAAUGAAAUAGUUUCAUCGUCAAAAUAUGAUGAAGUACCACAGCAACUCGAACGUUGGAGACGAACUGUUAAUGAAAGUCGCACCCCAGCACAGUUAGCAUUAUGUUUAACACAAUUAGAACGUUGUAUUGCAUGGGAAAGAUCGAUAAUGAGAGUUUACUGUGAAAUAUGUAAUUCAGAUGACAACGAAGAAAAAUUAUUAUUAUGCGAUGGAUGUGAUCAUGGCACACAUACAUUUUGUUUUCUACCGCCAAUGUCAUUUAUACCACCAAAUGAUUGGUACUGUUACGUUUGUAUUGGUAAAGCAAAAGGUGAAAAUUUAUGUUUUGUUUGUGGUAAUAAAAGUGAUAAUCAAUUGAAUCGAUGCGAACAUUGUGGAAAACUAUUUCACGAGCAUUGUUUGAAAAAUGCCAAACAACAACGUGGAAAAUGGUUGUGUGUUUUAUGCGCAGCUAAUGAUACAAGUUCUUUUAGUAAUGGAAAUUCAACAACAACUAUAACACCAACAACACCAACUAAAUGUUUAACGGGACGUCAAACAUCUCGUUCAUUGAAUUCACGUCAACCAACUAAUAAUUCAACUGUAACAAAUACAAAUGGUGAUCCCACAACUCAAUCGCCAUCAACAACAAAUACGAAUCGUAAUAGAUCGAAUACUAAUAAUAAUCGAAAAUCAAAAUCUAAUAUUAAUACUGAAAUCGUAACAUUACAAGAAUCGCAUUCAAAUUCUUCUCAUCCUGACACCCCAUUAAUGAGUGUACUUCAUGAUUCAUCAUCAAAUGAUAUGGACGAUGACAUUGCAUCACCACUGAUGAGUAAUGCAAGUAAUAAUAACAAUAACAAUAAUAAUUCAAAGAAGAAAUCCUCAAAAAAAUCUAAACCAAACAAUGAUGUAAAAGCUUGCAGAAUUAUUUUAAAUGAACUUUUAAAAAGUGAUGUAUCAUGGCCAUUUCAAACUCCGGUAGAUGCUAAUCAACAUCCUGAAUAUUAUGAAUGUAUUAAAAAUCCAAUGGAUUUCGCUACUAUUAAAAAGAAAAUGCGUAAUAAUCAAUAUACAAAACGUGACGAAUUUCUAAACGAUGUCGAAUUAAUAUUAAACAAUUGUGAAUAUUUUAAUGAAGACGAUAGUCCUGUUGGCCAAGCAGGACAUUUAUUACGGACAUUUUUUCAAGCGCAAUGGACGAAACAAUUCGGUUAG